GUUCUAUUUCCAUGACAACGGGCUGGGAAGCGUCACGUUCCCACAGCAACUCGUGCUUCAACUCACCCCACACUCACAUUGUUUGCAACUUCUUUUAAAAGUUUUAAGCUCAGGUGGAGGUAACGAAAGAGAAUGCGUUGCAAAUAGAAAUGCACAUUUUGCUAAUUUGAGUUCCUGUAAAAAGACAGCACUGGUGACUUAAUUCGAAGCAAUGCAUUUAUAAUAUUUCUUUGGCUAGCAAGCUCGUGCAUAUUUCAGCUAUUUUAUUAACCUUCAUACCGGCUGACUGACAUUUCUACGAAGGAAAGCAUUUUAAUACCAGUCUAUGUGCUAUGAGUUCAGAAGGGGAUCAAAGCGAGCAAUCGCCAAGACUGGAGGCCGUGAUUCAGAAGCUGGAGGAGUCUUUCCUGCACCCUGAGAGCAGCGGGGAAGAAAUGCUGACGUUGCGAGGGGAGGGGCUGGACUCGGCUGCGACCCCGGUCCCCACUCGUAUCCGCCAGAUCAUCACCCGCAACCUGGCGGACGAGCCCACAGCCUCUGGCAGCAGCACCCCGAGGGUUCCCCUGGAGGAGGAGAACCAGCUUCUGAAGGACCUCCUGUCCGAGAUCAAAAAAGACCGGGACCAGCUGCUUCUCAAACAGGCAGCUCUCACGGACAGGCUGGAGCGGAUGCUGGCGCUGCAGUCGCACGACUCGGACGGGGACGGCGUGUCCGCGGCGGAGCACCACAGGCUGCAGGCCGAGGAGAAGAUCUACAGGCACAAGCUGCAGGCCUUCCAGGAGGGCCAGCAGAGGCAGGCUCAGCUCGUCCAGAAGCUGCAGGCCAAGGUGCUUCAGUAUAAGAAACGGUGUGGAGAACUGGAGGAGCAGGUGUUGGAGAAAACCUCUGAAUCAGAAAAGCUCAAACUCUCGCUGCAGGCCCACCUGGACACCUCGGCGGGCCGGCUGCGCCGGGCGGAGCAGGAGCGCAGCUCGGACCUGCAGAGCAAGCUGCGUCAGCUGGAGGAGGAGCAGAAGAGGUGUGCCGGCCUCGCCCAGGUCAACGCCCUGCUCCGGGAGCAGCUGGAGCAGGCCGGCGCGGCCAACCAGGCGCUGACGGACGGCCUGCGCAAGGCCCGGGACGAGGCCGACCAGAAGGACGCCCGAAUGCGGCGGGAGCAGGAGACGUGCGCCUCCCGGCUGGGCCGCGAGCAGGCCCGCGUGCGGAUGCUGUGGCGCCAGGCUGCCUCUCUGCGGAACGCCUUCACGCAGCUCAGGGCGUCCACUGACAGGAGUCUCUCGGACAUGCGUGUGGAGUGCGUCACCGUGAGCCGCCACCUGCACAUGGCUUGCACGAGCCUGGAGGCGGCCCUGCCGCAGCACGGCGCCCCCGGUGGACAGGAGGUGUCGGCGCUGGAGAAGCAGCUGCGGGACAAGCUGAGGGAGGCCAUGCAGCUGCAGGGCCGCUGGGACGCGGAGAAGGUGGAGCUCAACUCCAGGAUUUCGGAGCUGACGGACGUGGUGAAGCAGCUGAGGGGGCAGAACAGCGAGAAGGAGGAGGGCUUGGCCGCCCUGAAGACCAGUCUGGACAGGAUGGAUGCCGGCCGAGCUGAGGAUCGGACGGAGGCGGUGGCCCUGCGCAGGGAGGUGGACAGUCUCCAGCAGAUCCUCCACAGUGUCACCCAGCUGGCUCGGGGGGACAGUGACGGCAGCGCCUCUGAGGGCGUCACGGAAGGGGCGGAGCCCUGUCUCCUCACCCCGCCUCCUAAGCCCUCCCCCGCCUCCAGCCGUGCCGCCUCCCCCCGCCGCAGCCCCUCCCCCUCUUGCCGGGACAGCACCCUGAUGGCGGUGCAGAGCGCCCUGUCUCGACGGCGGCUUCAAGUGCAGGAGCUGCGCACGCGCCUGGAGGCGGCCCAGGAGCAGGUGGGCGCCCUGCGCAGGCAGGCCCAGGAGGCCGAGGCCGAGCGGAGGCAGCUGGACCAGAGGGCCCAGGACCUCCGGGAGGAGAGCGAGCAGGCCCGCAGGGCCCUGGAGGAGAGCCGCGGGGACGCGCAGAGAUACCGCUCCUCCCUGGACGCCGUCGCCAGCGAGAAGGGGAGCCUGGAGAACCUGACCGCCGGCCUCAACCGGCAGAUCGACUCGCAGCGGGCCGACCUGGAGACGCUGAGGAGCUCGGCCCUGGAGCUCCAGCGCCAGAGAGACCUCCUGCAGGAGCAGCGGGAAGCCCUGGAGGGGGAGCUGGAGUGCGCGCGGGCGGAGGUCCAGAGGGGGCAGAGGUACCGGGAGCAGCUGGAGGAGAAGCACUCGAACCUGCGGAAGGAGUUGGUCUCCGUGAAGGAAGCCCUGAGUCAGGUGACUCUGCAGAAGGAGGUGCUGGAGGACGAGAAGGCCAGCCUGACGCAGGCCCUCAGCAAGGUGGAGUGCCAGAGUGCGGAGCGCGAACUGGCCCUGGCCAAGCUACAUAGCGAGGAGGCGGGGCUCCGCGACUCCCUGGCCAAGAUGGCGGCCCUGAGCGAGGGGCUGGCCAAGGACAAGGUGGAGCUCAGCCGCAUUCUGCUGCAGCUGGAGGCAGAGAAGGCGGACCUGGGUGAGCGCAGGCGGGAGGCGGAGCUUGAGCGGGCGGCGGCCCGUGACGGGGCGGGGCGGCUGGAGCAGGAGCUGCUGGAGCUGUGCGCCGAGAAGCGGGCCCUGGAGGCCUCCCAGAGCCACCUGCAGGAGGCGCGCCAGAGCCUGGAGAGGGAGCUGAGCAUGCUGAGGAGGGAGAAGGCCCAGGCCCUGGAGCAGCACGCGCAGGCUAGCAGACAGAGGCUGGCCCUGUCGGAGCAGCUGGCCGCGAGCAGGCGGGAGGUGGAGAGCCAGGCAGCGGCCCUGCAGAGGGGGGCCCGGGAGAGGGAGGAGCUGGCCAAAGACAAGGCCAGCCUGGGCGUCCAGCUGACCGCAGCCGAGCGCAAGGCCCGGGGACUGGCCCAGGAGCUGGCUGCCUUCAGGGCUGAGAAGGAGUCCCUGGAGACGGCGCUGUUCGAGGGCCAGGAGCUGGCCUCGGCGCUGGACGGGGAGCGCGUGCAGCUCGAGGCGGAGCGGCAGAGCCUGCUGCGGGCUAACGAGGCCCUGACGCGUGAGGUGGCGCAGGUGCGAGGGGAGGCGGAGCUCCAGGCUGCCCAGGCCAAUCGAGAGAGAGAGCUGCUGGAGGGCAGGCUGGCCCAGGCGGACAGGGAGGCCCAGCUGACCCUGAGCAACAGCGAGCGCGUCCACCAGGAGCAGCUGGAAGCCGAGCAGGAGGAGAAGGAGCAGCUGCGCGAGGAGCUGACUGCGCAGAGGGAGCUGCUGGAGCAUCAGCUGCGGCAGGAAUGCGAGGAGCUGCGCGCGCGGGGGGAGGCCGACCGGCAGCAGCUGCAGGAGGAGCUGGCCCAGCUGCAGCAGGACCGCGACGACAGCCUCCUGCAGGCCGAGAGCCACAAGCAGCAGGCCCUCUCCCUGAAGGAGGCAGAGAAGGCGGUGCUGGCGGACAAGCUGGCGGCCGCUCAGCAGGACCUGGUGGGCGCGGGCGUGGAGCUGGAGCAGGCGCGCAGGGAGGCCCUGAGCCGGCAGGAGCAGGACAAGGACGCCAUCUCGGGGCUGACGGAGGAGCUGCAGGACCUGCGGUCGCGUUUCGAGGAGUCGCUGAGCUCGCACGAGGCCACGGUCCAAAGCCUGAGCAAGCAGGCCAAGGAGCAGGCCGAGCAGAAGGAGGCGGCCUUCCAGGAGGUGGAGCAGUUGCGGGCGGAGCUUCAGGCGGCGGAAGAGGGGCGGGACUCGGGCCGUCGGGAGCUGAUCGAGGCGCACCGGGAGCUGCGGGAGUGCAUGCAGGAGCGGGACCUGCGCCGCAAGGAGGCGCUGGACCUGCAGAGGGCGCUAGGCGACGAGACCCGGGACAAGGAGGCCAUCCAGCAGUCCAACCAGGACCUGAGGGCCGCGGUCAAAAGAGCGGAGAGCGACCGCAGCGGCCUGAGGCGAACCCUGGAGGAGAAGGAGCAGAGGCUGGCAGUGCUGGAGGAGUGCAGGUCCUCCCUCCAGCAGGAGGCGGCAGAGCUGAGGAGCACCCUGCGCGAGCUGGAGAAGUCCCGGCUACAGGCGCGGAGAGAGCUGCAGGAGCUGCGCAGACAGGUGAAGACUCUGGACGGGGAGCUGGGGCAGCGGAGCCAGGACCUCCAGGACCUCCAGGCGCGGGCGUGCCAGGAGGAGCAGCGCGAGGAGGAGUGCCGCCGCGAGGCGUUCGGGCUCAAGCAGCGGGUCCUGGAGAGCGAGGCCGGGCGGGAGGCCGCCCUGAAGGAGGCGGCGGGGCUACAGCGCCGCGUGUCCGAGCUGGAGGACGCCGAGCGGCGGCUGGAGGACAGGCUGCGGGAGCAGGAGGCGGGGCACCAGGAGCGCGAGCGCAAGCUGAGGGAGGAGGCGGAGCUCCUGGAGGCGGCGGCCCAGGAGGCGCGGCUCCGGCAGCGGGAGCUGGGCCUGCAGCUGAGCCUGGCCGAGGGCCGGGCGCGGGGCCUGGAGGAGCAGCUGGGCCUGGGGGAGGCCGCGCUCGGGGACCUCCGGCAGAGGCUCGCCGGCCUGUCGUCCGUGCUGCGCCGCACGCUGGGCGUGGGCCGGAACGGGCGCUCGCAGACCCCCGGCUCCCGCGCGCGCAGCCCCUCUCCCCUCAGGGGCCCGUCCCCGGCUAAGGGUGCUGACAGUGCGGACGGACGGAGCUCCACCCCGACCCACAGCGUCAGCAGGUCCCCCGUGCGCUCGCUGUCCCCCAUUCGCUCGCUGUCCCCCAUCCGCUCGCUGUCCCCGGUUCGCGGGGAGGACUGGGACCAGGAGCUGGAGACGGUGCAGGCCGCCCUGCGUGACUUCCUGCAGGAGCUGAGAGACGCGCAGAGGGACAGGGACGAGGCCCAGGCCAAGGUGCUGAAUCUGUCCCGCCAGCUGGGGGAGCUCCAGAGCGGCCGGGAGAAGCUGGGCGCCCGCCUGCAGCAGCUGCAGAAGACCGUGGCCGAGCUGGAGGAGGGGAAACGGGAGGCGGAGGGGCUGCUCGGGGGGGCCCAAGCCUCGCUGUCCCUGCAGGAGGAGGCGGCCCGGCGGGGGGACAGGGAGAGGCGGAGCCUGGGGGAGGAGCUGGCCGCGGCGAGGCGGAGCCUGCAGGCGGCGGAGGGGGAGACCAGGGCGCUGCAGGAGAAGCUGGCGCGGGCGCAGGCCUCGGAGGCCAGGCUGGAGGCGGAGCGGCGGCGGCUGAAGGAGGCCCUGGAGGCGGCCGAGGGGCGGGGCUCCCGGCUGGAGGUCUCCCAGCGCGCCCUGGGCGGGGAGCUGCAGCGGGCCCGGACGGGCGCGGCCGAGCGGGAGGCGGAGGCGGCGGCGCUGCAGGAGCGGCUGGCGGCGCUGCGGCGGGAGCUGGCGGAGAGCGAGGACCGGGCGGCCGCCCUGCGCGUCGCCUCCGAGAGGCAGAGCGCGGCGCUGGCGCGGGCCGAGGACGCCGAGGGCCGCCUCAGGGAGCGCGUGCAGAGCCUGUCCGUCUCCCUGAGCGACGCCGGGGCCGGCGGCGCCGCCCUGCAGGACCGCGCCGCCCAGCUGCAGAAGGCCCUGGCCGCCUGCGAGCAGGACCGCAGGACCCUGCAGGAGCAUCUGGACGCUGCGCGGGAGGGCCUGUCCGAGGGCAAGAAGCAGAACCACGCCCUGGCCGAGAGGGCCCAGAGCCUGCAGCGGGCCCAGGAGGAGGCGGAGCUGAGGGGCCGAGACCUGGAGAGCCAGACCCGGGCGCUGCAGGAGGCCUUGAGACAGAGGCAGAGCGGGGAGGUGGAGGCCCUGGAGAGCUCCCGCAAGCUGCAGGAGGAGAGGGACGGCCUGCAGGAGAAGCUGAGCGGCCUGCAGAGCGCCCUGGAGAAGCUGGAGGGCCAGAGGAACGAGCUGGAGCGGGAGCUGGCCAAGCUGGGCAAAGACAGGGGCUCCCUGAGGAGGGCCCUGGAUAAGGUGGAGCUGGAGAAGCUGAGGCAGGGGGAGCAGGCGGCCAGCGCGGGCCGCGAGAGGGAGCAGCUGGAGCAGACCGUGAGCGGCCUGGAGCAGGAGCUGAGCCUGCUGCAGGCGGAGGUGCAGCAGCUGCAGGCCCAGAUUACCCAGAUGGAGCGGGCCCAUGCGCAGCGCCUCCUGGAGGUGACGUCGCGCCACCGCCAGGAGAUGGAGCUGGAGACGGAGCGCCUGCGGGGGACGCAGCAGCAGGCCGAGCGGGCGCUGGAGUCGCGCGAGAGAGCCCACCGGCAGAGGGUCAAGUGCCUGGAGGAGCAGGUGUGCACCCUCAAAGAGCAGCUGGACCAGGAGAUGCGGAGGAGGCAGGCCUACGUCAACCAGAUGCUCCGCCCGGGGUUGUAGCCCGCGACCCCGCCGUGCGCCGAACGACGCCCCGGAGCGGCGGUUACGACCUGGCGAGCUCGGCGCGCUCCUCGUCGCCUCUCCUGCCGCCGCGAGCCUCCAGUCUCGCCGCCCCGUCUCUCCACGAACCAAUCGGAACGGCGUCCCUCGAGUCACUACCCAGCAGUCUGAGCAGCUUCGACAGGAGAGAAGGGAAAGCCGAGCGGUCUCAGGGAACACUGACGCAGUGCGAGCGCAACUGUAUUUCACUAAUCUGCGCAAAUACGAGAAAACAAGAAACAAUGAAAGCGCUGUUUCAUAGAGCACUGCUGGGGCAGAUUGUUUGAAGGAUUUUCGAAAAAACCAUUACCGUACCUGGUUAUCAGUCUGCUAGUUAUGUCAUGUUUUUCGACGAGUACAGUGUAAUGUAAAGAAGUUCCAUCUCCCAAGAUUUAGUUAUGAAAGGAAGGCCUGUGUUCAAUGUGAUGUCUUUGUGCUUUGUCCUUAACUACGAUUUUCACAAAACUUCUGCUUGAGUAUGUUUUUGUUUC